AUUAAACAAAGCCCCCGCGCGUGCGUGCGCUGGCACCGUUUCGGGGUUGGUAUCUGGGUCUAUUGCGUCUCGGCGUCGUCACGUCCCUCCCCACCGCAUCGAAGCGCGGCCACCUUAAAUCUCAUGCUGACAUAAGAGGAGCACGACUCCCCGCCCAUCUCCGAGAAGACCAAAUGAAAGAAGCGUCUCACCUUCCCGUGCGCAGCUCACAACCGAGACGCACGCACAGCGCAGAGGAGCACAGCCGCGCGGUGGAUACUCAAGUGUUUGGAUUUAUCUCAAAGACUUUUUUCCUUCUUUUUUUUUUUGUAUGACCACUCGGGUUUAUUUUACAUGCCAAAGCUGGGGAAACACACUGGAACACAACACACUUUCGCGCGGAGCUUUAAAGUUAUCGCCACGAUAAUUGGUUAUCGGAUGGACCAGCACCCCAGCGCCCGGAGCUGCACCAGUCGCGGGGCUUCGUCCUGUGAGGCCGUCCCGACGGAGCCCUCCAUGAAUCUGUACAUCCACUCCACCACCGGCACACGCUUCGAGCUCUCCCUCCCCCAGGAGGAGACCGUGGACGGACUGAAGAGGAGGCUGUCGCAGAGGCUCAAAGUGCCGAGAGAGAGACUCGCGCUGCUGCACAAAGAAACGCGACUCAGUUCAGGCAAACUCCAGGACCUCGGCAUCUCUGAUGGGAGCAAGUUAACACUUGUACCAACAGUCGAAGCAGGUUUAAUGUCUCAAGCAUCAAGACCCGAGCAGUCAGUGAUGCAAGCCUUGGAGAGCCUCACAGAAACUCAGGUGAGAGACCGUUUAUGCAGCAACGCAGACCGAGCUUAUGGUGUGUGUGUGUGUGUGCGCGCAUGGGGAAAUGGGAGGUCGUGGCUUCGGUGCGGGGCGACAUCCGGAUACGAUGGAAGCCGAGGGAGGGAGAAAGAUGAGCGGAGCGGGCUGCACUUGCCGCUUUGCUUGUCUAAUCUGCGCCUCUCAAACCAGCCGAGCCAGACAUCCAGCGUGAGCUGUUGGGAUAUAAUAAGCAGCAUCACCCCUCGUAUCCUAGUAACAUCUGUGAUGGUGUGUGUGAGAGCGUGAGAGCAGGAAGCCGGGCGCUUAAUAAGACUUAUUUGACGACCAGCAGCGCAUAUAACACCCACUGCCACCUUCUGUUGAUGCCUUUACUGUAACCCCCCCCCCCACACACACUCCUUCUGCUCCUUUUAAAAAUAAUUAAUGCUCUAACACACACACACACACACACACACACACAGGCAAGUUUCCAAGAAGUGUGCUGUGACCGCAGUGUAGUCUCACUCACUCACUCACUUAGAUAGCGCCGGAUCAUCAGAGACGACAGCCGCCUCGCUCGCUGUUGGCCCAGGGGUUCCUGGAAGCGGGGCCGGGGGCCCCUCCUGCCCCCCCCCCCCGAAGUACAGGACGCGUUUGAGUCAGCGUGACGUGACUCGACCGAAAAAUGAUCGAUAGCGAGAAUAAAAGCAGAGGGAAGCAAAGGAGUUCACACGAGAGUGUGCGCACACACACACACACACACACACGCAGGCACGCACGCACACACACACACACACGCAGACACGCACGCACACACACACACACGCAGGCGUGACGUAUGCAGCACUCUGCAGCUGACUGACUGACUCACGGCUACUUCCUUUUGCGGCGUCGGGGCGACGCUGAGAUGCGAGUGCAUCGGCGAUGCGAGAACAGGGAAGAGCGGACAGCGUUGGACGUUAGGGUUCACU